UACCCCAUUCCCACUCUGAGCACCUGCUCUCAUCCCCCAGCUCCCUGCCCUAGAGGGGAAUCCCCCAGCUCCCUACUCUCCAGGAGGGGCAGGCCUGACACCCCCUCCCAGGACACCACCCUCCUACCCCACCAGCUGCAGCUGUGACGGCUCCUCAUCCUGCCUGCCUGUGGGCAUUUAAGAGCCAGGGGCAGCCCAGGCAAGCAUGUGCUGGGCAGGAUGGCUACGGGAGAGCAGCAGAGGCAGGAGAAGCGGCGCCGGCGCAGGGCUCGGCAGCAAGAGCUGCUCCCAGAAGAGGUCCUGGACAAGCACCCCUUGCAGAACAGAUGGGCACUGUGGUUUUUCAAGAAUGACAAGAGUAAGAUGUGGCAGGCAAACCUGCGCCUCGUCACCAAAUUCAGCACUGUGGAGGACUUCUGGGCGUUGUACAGCCACAUUCAGCCUGCCAGCAAGCUCUCAUCUGGCUGUGACUAUUCCCUCUUCAAGGACGGGAUCGAACCCAUGUGGGAGGACAGCCAGAACAAGCGUGGUGGGCGCUGGCUCGUCACCCUGUCCAAGCAGCAGCGGCACACUGAGCUGGACCAUUUCUGGCUGGAUACGCUGCUGUGCCUCAUUGGGGAGAUGUUUGAUGAGUACAGCGACGAGGUGUGCGGGGCUGUCAUCAACAUUCGCACCAAGGGGGACAAGAUUGCCAUCUGGACCCGGGAAGCGGAAAACCAAGAAGGGGUCACCCACAUUGGGCGUGUCUACAAGGAGCACCUGGGCCUGUCACAGAAGGUGACCAUUGGGUACCAGGCCCACGCAGACACAGCCACCAAGAGCAGCUCCCUCCCCAACGCCAAGUUUGUGCUGUGAUUGGGGGGGUAGCAGUGAGCUCCUUGUGGGGUCCCCAAGUACUGUCUCAGAAUGAAUGACUGCAUCUGA